CUUAUGGAUUAAAAAACUAAAGUGGAAGUAUAUUAAUAAAAUAAUAAAGUAGGCAGAUCAUUGUGAUCAUUAGCAUAAAUAUUUUAGUCAGAGUAUACCUUUAUUAUUAAGUUAAAUCAUCAACAUUAGAUUAAAUCAGCCUCGUUAAGAUGAACGUAAAUAUUAUUCAGAAACUGUAAAGCAAGUAUUAUAUUUAACUAAAACUUAUUUAGUAAGCUAAAAUUUUUAACAUUGAUAGAUGGCAAGAGAUAAUUGAAAAAGAAGAGUUAUAUUAAAUGUCAUUGACAGGUCAUUUGAUUAAAGCAAUUCAACUAUAACAUGGGAAUGCUACCUUAUGUAACCUUAUAAGUGUUACAGAACCUUACCUUCCAUUUUUAAGAAAGCAAAAUGGAAAAAAUUUUACAGGAUUGGCCACUCGUACUGUGAAAGGAUGUUUAUCUGCUAUAGUUUUUAAAAGAAAUGAUGAAUCAACAUGGUCAGUAGAUGAAACUAAAGUAGAAGAAUUCAUUUUUUAAGCAAAUUAAAAGCUUUUUUAAUUCUUCGAGAAAUUAAAGAAAAAUUUUCCAAUUUAUGAAAGUAUUAAGACAGAAAACAAUUAUAGAAAAACAAAAAAAAGAAUCAAAAUUGUAUAAAAAAAAGACAAUGAAUAAUAUAAUGAAAGAUGUUAAACUUUUUUAUCUUAAAAAUCAGAACUUCAAGAUAAUAUUAAAAUUGAAAAUCACUAUUAGAAUUUUGAUCAAAAUGUUAGUAGUAGAAUCAACACUGAUUGGCAUUAUUCCAUAAGUGAUAAUAUUUUUAAAAGUUUAUAUUAUUUGAGAUAAGGUGAAAAAAUAGAUGAUCAAUUUUUAGGUAAUUUGAUAUGGUUUUACAAUAUUAAAAAUUAAUUAGAUAGAAUUCAAGAAUGUUAAAAUUUUAUUGAUUGA